ACAGAUAAAGGGCACAAAAUGACGCUACCCUUAGAAGCUUGUGAAAUUCUGAAUCAUUUAAACCACUUGGGGUACCGGAACAUAACAGCUGAGCAAUUGAAAGAAUUUCAGAAAGAUCUGCGAAAGCUCGUCAAGUUCGACUCGCAGCUGUACGGGGAUUCACGUCCCAAAGACACGGACGAUGGACCCACACCGGACAACGUUUUCGAACGAUUACACUCUGGGAAAACAAUCAGCUACAAAGCGAAAGUUGCCCGUAAGAUGAAAAAGAUAGAAACUGCCGACUCGCCAGACAAGGAAAACCGAACGGAAGAACCCAAGCCUGUACCGUGUAAGGAUAGUGGCAAAUCAUGCAAGAUGUGGAUAAGACCAAAGAGCAGUCAAUCAUUUCGCAGGAGUGAUCCGGUUGCCUUGUAUCACUCGUAUCAAAGAGACUGGAACAAAUUUAAGCUUCCAGGAGAGAACGACCAUGCGGAAUUGCGCUGGAAAAUCCGAACAAAACUUCUCGGCGAGUAACGUCGGUCAAUGAAUGAGUGGCUUAUACAGUUUUUUACACUUUAAUAAUAACGCUA